AUGCGCUCAGCUCUUACAUUGAGGCAUGCCGCUCGGCGUGUGAGGCCCUCAUUAGCCCUCCGCCCGGUUCUCGCCACGGCUCGACUUGCUCCGCGAUCGGCGGCUGCCUCUUCCUCCACACCGUCCUUGACCCCGGUGUGCUACCACUCGACGCAGGCGGUACCCCCGCCCGCGCCCAUGCCCGACAUCUCCCCUGAGAACACCUACGACAUCGUGAUCAUUGGUGGCGGACCUGCCGGCCUAGCUCUCGCUACAGCCAUGGUCUCACACUCCGCCCUAAAGGACGCGCGCAUCCUCCUCCUCGAGGGCGGGAGCCUAGGACCAGUGCGGAACUGGGACGACGCAGGACCUUGGUCGAACCGCGUAUCUUCACUUACGGCCGAGAACAUCGAGUGGCUACAGGAGAUCGGCGCGUGGGAGCACAUUGCUUUGGCCCGCUCUCGUGCAGUCGACGACAUUAUCGUCUUUGCCAACCCCGAACCAGACUCUCACCCCAUGCUCCAUUUCCCACCACAGGACGCGCCGCUCGCCCGCAUGACCGAGAACGUUAAUACGCAACGUGCCCUCCUCCGCCGCCUCGAGGAGGUUGGCGCGAAUGUCACGGUGCGCGAGGGCGCCCGUGUCGCUGAGAUGCGCUACGGCGAAGGGAGGGGAUGGGUCGGGCUGAGGAUGGGCGACGAGUGGGUCGGAGCUGAUGGGCCCAACUCGCCCGUUCGUCAGUUCGCCGAGAUCGACACGUUCGGACACGCGUACAACGCCCACGGUGUUGUCGCGACCAUGUCCCACCUCCCACCAGCUGUGUGGCCGAACCACACCGCAUUUCAGCGGUUCCUCCCUACCGGCCCGCUCGCCUUCCUCCCCCUCGCCGACGACACCAGCACAAUGGUGUGGAGCACGACGCCCGAGCUCGCCGCGGCACUGAAGCGCCUCGCCCCGGACGCACUCACGCUCAUGAUCAAUGCGGGUUGGAACCUCCCCGAGGCAGACCUCGCUAUUAUCAACGACGCCCUCCUGGCCGCCGACGGCACUGGUACGCCUCUGACGCGCGACGACAUCGCGGCCCUACUUGGCGCGUUCGAGGGCGCGAUGCCAACCGAGGCGCCGCUCCCGCCAACCAUCACGGGCGUGGACCCCAAGUCGGUCGCGUCGUUCCCCCUCCGCCUGGCCCACGCAGACGCAUAUACCGCUCACCGCCUCGCACUUGUUGGCGACGCUGCGCACACGACCCACCCGCUCGCGGGACAGGGCCUGAACGCCGGUCUUGCCGAUGCUCGCGUCCUCGCAGCCACAUUGGCCGACGCGCGCCGCGUCGGCGCAGACCUCGGCUCCAUCACCGCCCUCGCUCCGUACCCCCGCGGCCGUUACAUCCCCAACCACAUUAUGCUCGCUGCAGUAGACAAGCUCAACUGGAUCUUCGGGAACCGCUCUCCACUGAUCAACUGGGCGCGGGGGACAGGACUCGAGGUGUUCAACGAGCUCGGCCCGAUCAAGGACUUUUUCAUGGCCAACGCCGGCAGUGGGAACAGCCGUGCGCGCACAGAAAAGGACCGCGUGUACGGACGGUCGUACGCCUCUGACAACCUUGGUGGUGUUGCCGGUGGCCUGCCUGGCUUCCUUGCCGACGCGACGGACGCUCUUGGCAUGGUGCGGAAUAUCGGGCGAGCGGCAGGCGACGCAGUGGCCGAGGGCCUCAAGGUCGCACUCCGCAGUGGCGCCGACGCGCUCGAGAGCCGGCAGACGCCGCCCAAGCAGACGCCCAAGAACUAG